AUGGUGGAGCAAGAGCUGCGUCUCUGGCAGGAAAAGGACUGGCAGGAGAGGCUGCGCAAGCGGCUGACGGCAGUUCCAGGCCUUUGCGUGCUGGACUUGGUGGAGAGCAACAUCCUGUCCUACUCUCAGGGAGACUGGGGUUUGGUUGAAAAGGACGUGCACGCGGCCUUUUCCGAGAAACUGGCUCAACGAAUUCUUGCAUGCUUCAAGGAGGAAGUGCAGACUUGUCUGGCGGUGCGUAGGGAGCUCAUCAACUUCAAGAAGCUUUGUUUACAUCUCUGGCAGACUGCAACUGGUUUGGAGAAAGACCUUCGACAACUCGCGAGUUUUUAUUAUUCUCGUGUCGCGGAUGCUGAUGCGCAAGAGAAAGGAGCAAAGGCCGCAAUCUCAACAGCGAAGUUCUCGACCGAAGAGGACACGGAGGCUUCGUUGGCCCGGCAGAUCCCUUCGGAGGAGCCGCCGCCUCUUUCGGCACAGCGGAGGCAUCGGUACAUUGGGAUCUCCAAUGCACUGAAUGACUGCCGGGGUGCCGUCGCGGCAGUCUUCGAUGCAAGGCAUUUCAGCAAAGCCAUCUGUGCUUUGCCGCGACAUCCCGCAAGUGGAGUGCCGUGGAAAUUCGAAGCUUUGCCAGAAAGCCUCGAGCUUUGGAAGGUUGUGGAACAGGCCCGGUUCUUCCUGGAGAACUAUAAGGCCUUUGACGCCUACUUCGCUGCCAUGCACGGCGAAGGCCUCCAGAGCUCUUCCUCGGAGCCCGCAAAGCCUGCGAAGUCGCAAAGGGCCUGGCGCUCAGAGCGGGACCUCGUCGAGUCGGAGCUAGGCCAUGCUGGGCUCAAGAAGCUCCUUGAAGCUCUCGAGGAACUGCAGCUGCCAGCGAACGCUCUGCACUACUUGGAGCUGGUGCUGAUUGCUCGCGGGGCUGUCAAGGCCACUGCACUAAAGGGUGCGCUCCGUCGAUACAUCACUGCGCUUCGUGAGGUCGAGGAGCAGGCAUUGGGCCUUGAGCGUCGGCUGAGUGCACUGGUUAAGGGAGACGGCUAUGACUCGGCGGAGUACUUGAGUGACACGGCUUUGUCUGCAGGGCUCCACCUUCACGGUGCCCGCCACCGGCUUGUGCUGCAGGGCAUGCUCUCUGUCAUGUCCGAGCUCCUUCGCUGGCUUGAUCCCAUCGCAGACAUCAGAAGCGACGCCUCGAGGCUCUUCGUCUCGGGAGCUCGUGGUGCCGCCGCCUUCGUGCCUCGAGGCUUCCCAGACGUGUUGGCGAGGCACCGCGCAGCCCGGGGAGAACAUCGCGAGGCCAUGCUGUCUGAACUGAGCACUGCGGGCUGGCCAAAGUCAGCUUGUCUGGGUGAGGAGGAAAAGCGGCCCGAUGCCUGCCAAACCUGCUCAGUGCGACUGUCGAAGCUUUGGCUUCAUAGGGGUCAAUGCCUUCUGUGUGAGACGAAGCUGCGAUCUCAAGGGCGAUGUCCUUACGGGGGUGCACGGUGCAGCAGAAGCUUCUGCCCGCAUGACUCGCGCUGUAUUGUUUGCGAGCAAUGGUCUUGCGAACGAUGCUGUCUACUUCGCGGGGACGGCGAAGAUGUGUGGCAGACGGCAGCGCAGCAUCAGCCGGACCUGAUUUUUCUCGACUUUGACCGCACACUAUGCACGACCAAGGCCGGAGCCUCUCCACUUUCUGGGAACCACUCACUGGACUCCGAUUUGGUCGCACUGUGUGGCAUGCACCCAAGCGUGUACAUUGUGACUCGGAAUUCGCGGAGCGAGGAUAUCGCCUUCUUCCUUCGGCAACACGGAAUCAGCGCACGUCUGAAGGAGGACCAGCCACGCACUUCGGAAACGUCAGGCCUUCGUGGAAACGUGGAGGUUCGGAGCAUCAAGCGCGAAGGCUUCCGGUCCAAGGUGAUGUUCAUCUUGCAGCUGCUGGCGGACUGCAACGUGGGCCGCGAGGAGAAGGCCACAGGGCUCUUCGUGGAUGAUGACAUCAAGGAGCUGACCGAAGACUGCGAGGCACUGCAGGAGGUUUUGGCCAGUGGUCGGCUACUAAGACUGAGGUAG